AAAAACCCUUUCCCUUCCUUAUAACACAUAAUCUAACCUUAUUUUAUUUGUUUCUGGAAUUGUGCCAACUUUACCUUGACAAACCACGUUAUAAAGCAAACCAACAACAGAACCUCUAUGUGGUUAAUCGAUUUCCUAGAAAUAGUUACCAAACCUUCAAAUCACGGCUUAUUGUAUCUAAACAAAAAAGGGGAAUAUAAAAUAAAGUAUGGGAAGGACAUGAUUGGAGCGUCUUUACUAUAUCACAAUCGACCAGGAACUAAAUAACAAGACCUCAUUAAUCGUGGUCAAAAGAUUUUCUAUUGAAAAUAACCCUUGACAAACCAUAGCAACAGAAAGUAAACAUGAAAGUAUAUGUGUGUGUGUUGAAUGUAUGUGCGAUCGUGUUUGUGAUGUGUGUGUAUGUAAAUAUGUGCCCGUGAGUAUGCAUAAUGUGUGUGAUGACUACUGAAAGUUUCUAUUGGUGGUUAAGCAACAGCUGUGUUAGUAGCUUGACGCAAUUGUAUUUUCCUGACUGCUGCUACUGAUACUACACUUAUUAUCACCAUCACUUCUACUCUGCAGCUGUCCGAUUCGUGUUAUCCUGUAGUAUUAAUCAACCACCCACCACCAGCACUAUCGUAACUAUUAUUACUACUACUGCUAUUAGUACUUCGGGUAUAUUCAGUAUAUGAAGGAUCUAACUCUACAGUUCCAUGAGAAAGAAACAUGUCGAGCGACUUAGAACAGAAGAUAGCAGCAGAUAUAACAUGUUCCAUCUGCUUAGAGAUAUUUACUCGGCCUUUAGCCUUGGUUCCGUGUCUACAUUCUUAUUGUAAACAUUGUCUCGAGCUUUACGUGAAAAACUUCGCAGAUAACAAUGGGUGUUUCCCAUGUCCUGAAUGCAGGAUUCAAAUUACCUUACCUUCGGAAGGGAUCGAAGGUCUAACCCAUAACCAUACCCUACAAAGUAUUCUAGACAAUUGGUUUUCGCAUAACAAGGAAAAAGCUGUUGAGAUUGUGCAGCAAGUGCCCGAAGCCAAAGUUAAUAUAAAUGAUGUUGAUCUAUCAUCUUAUACUGUAGUAGACAUGGAUGAGAAAAGUCAACUGGAGAAGAAUGAACACUCUUUAAUACAGCAACAGCACUUUAAUACAGACACCAACAAAACUUCGCAAUCAUCAAAUGAGCCAACACAAUUACCAAAUUUACCUAACCUACAUGUAUAUAAAGCAUCAUUACCACCACUACCAUGUAUACCUUCAGCUCCAUUUCCACAAUAUAAUUUAUAUCCCAAUAUAAGGGACUAUGAUGGCAAUGAUUUAAACUCUCAGACAUAUAUUCCACAAAAGGACUUUUGUACAGAAGGAUUACUUUUAAAAUUUGGUCAAUAUAGCAGACAUGUUAAUGAGUUUCAGAAACCUUAUGGUAUUACUAUUAACAGAGCUGGGCAUAUAUGUGUAUCAGAUCUGAAAGGAGGACGUAUUCUCAUAUUUUCACCAACUGGUACCUUUCUUAACAAGCUUCUUCCUUCUUGUGAUAUAUAUGAUAUAGCUAUAUUACCAAAUCAAAACAUUCUAACCUCAGUUGCAAAAGCUGACAAAGCUAUCUUGCACAGCUAUAAUAUGAACAGCCAUUUAAUUUCUCAAUACACUGGACUCCAUUAUCAAUAUGCUCGCCCAAGUGGUGUUGCUGUGAACAAGCAUGGCUAUGCCAUUGUAACAAGCUUGGAAAAUAAUUGUGUCUAUGUAUUUACAGAGGAAGGUAAACUUUCACAGAAAUUUGGUUGGAAAGGUUCUGGCAAUGACCAUUUCGAUAGACCUUAUUUUGUGACUACUAAUGAUAAACUUCAAAUUAUUGUCUCUGAUUGUGGUAACAACUGUAUUAAAGUGUUCAGCAGUGAUGGCAAAUUUAAGUGCAUGUAUGGUAAGAAAGGAAAAGACAAAGGUAUGCUGUUUAAACCAAUGGGGGUUUGUACAGACAGAAACAAUAAUAUCAUAGUGGCAGACUAUGGAAAUUACAGAGUUCAGGCAUUCAGUCCAAAAGGCCGAUCUCUUGGUUUCCCUGUUUAUGACACAUUUUGUAUUGGUAAAGAUGUUUCUCCUGUCAAUGUUGCUAUUAACAGACAUGAUAAUAUUGUUGUUCUAUUGACUGGAGAAAAAUUUGCUGAAGUUCGGGUAUAUGAGUGGAAUCCAGAAGUUUAAACUGAUUAUUCAAGUUCAAAUAAAAUAUAUAUGUUUUAUUUUCAUGUUAA